AUGGAAGACGACAUAACUUGGCUCACUCGGGCUUUGCUGGCAGAGGGAGUACCAGAACAUCAACCGUAUCAUGGUGAAGAGCCGGCCUACGACAACGCCUGGGCGGAUGAACAACUUUCAAUAAACAACCAGACCGAGUUGGCUCAAGAUAUGGCGCCCGGGGCUGGCACGGACACGCCACUCGCUGAGCAUCAGAUGCCGCCACAGGACUUGGCUGACUAUCCUGUGAGUUUCAACCAGGCCAGUGGCUCUCACACCGUGGCUCCGGCGGCUUACAUGGGCGAUGAGCUUCUCGCGGUCCAUCCGCAACAAAAUCAAAGUCAUCACUCUUCCUACGGCAAUCAACAGACUUGGGAUGCUCAACCGGGAGAAACAAGCUCCUUUGAAAACACCCAGAACCUUCAGCCUCACAACUAUGAAGGGGUCGAUGAUGGAAACAUCUUCCCAAUCAACGGUUCAAUCAACAAUGGCUUGCCUGAGCAACCCCCCGGUCAGUUGCAUCAGUCUGACUUCGAUUUGAACUGGGGCCAAUACUUCGAUGAUAACUAUUUUGGCGAUGGUCAGGGAAGCUUCGACAUUCCUCUUGUUGAUGCUUCUCAUCAGCCUCAGAACCAUACGUCUGCUGGCCCGCUCUUCCACGCCCCCCAACGAGCGACUGGUGAGCAAGACAGCGAGACCAACGUGCAGAUUUUGCUUGGAGCUCAUGCUCAAUCCGGCGAGGACAUCAACAUGCUGGGAAUCUUCCAAACACCAGAGGGACUCCUCAAAGUCUUGAUGGACGCCUGCAAGCUGGAAGACAGUCCGCUUCCUGUCCCGGGCUUGUUGCUGCAUCAGAAUGGGCAUCGAGUAGGGUGCCUCGAAGACUUGGACGAGCGAGCUGUUCUCACGCCGCGGGACUCCUUCAGCAUCGUAUUCAACAGAGCGCUCAAGCUCGGCUUCGACAAGGUCGCCGAGGAGGGCGGCGUUGCUUUCAGGAUCGCCACUAUGUGCUCUGGCACGGACGGCCCGAUCUUGGCUCUACGCGAAUUCGCCGAGGCAGCCACUGGCCGCGGCUACCUUGGUGUCCUUCGUUAUGACCAUGUGUUCAGCGUUGAGAUCGAUCCGUUCAAGCAGGCUUUCAUUGAGAGAAACUCUCCCCCUUCCGGACCCAUCUUCAGAAACGUCAUCGACGUGGGGAGGCCUGGCGCAGUUCAAGCUAUGACGGCAUCCGGUGCGAUGGCAGACAUUCCGACGGAUAUCGAUAUUCUCGUUGCCGGUAGCUCCUGCGUAGACUUCUCAGCCCUCAACUUCCAACGAGAGAACAAGAAGAAGGCAUCCGGCUUGCAGAAGCUUUUUGAGGAAUUCGAGAAAAGAGGCAUCACCGACGUCCUCGGCCAAGAUGAUCCCGUUGCGGGGGAAGUUAUUGAGGGCCUCAAGGAGCUUUUCGAAAAUAUCGACAAAGAACAGGGGGAGUCGACCAAGACGUUCUUGUCGGUCCUCCUCUACGUCCAUGCGCACCGCCCCAAGAUUGUCAUCCUGGAGAAUGUCACCAAGGCACCCUGGGACCAAAUCAAGGGGUUCUGGCUCCCCGCCAUCGGAUACAGUGCCGCCGUGGUUCAGGUGGAUUCCAAGAACUUCCUCGUGCCCCAAACAAGACAGAGGAAGUACCUGAUUGCAGUCGACGGCAGAAGAUACGGUGACGGCGCUUCGCAGAUCGUCAACGAAUGGACCAAACUCAUGGCCCCUUCACAAUGGUUCAAAACCCCCCCGGACCUGCAGAGGUUCCUGCUUCCUCCCUCAGACCCACGCGUCCUGCAAGCCAGAUUCAAGCUGGAGAGGGUUUUGCUGUCGAAACCCAAAAAGGACGUUGAAGCCGUCGUGUGCCAGAACGACCAUCGACUUGCGCGGCGGAACGAGGGGCUCGGCAACACUCAGCCUUACACUCGACUGGACGCUCGUGGUAAUGUCGUGCCUCGCGAGGAAUCCUGGCGCGGCUACAUAUCUGCCAUCACGACGCGGAUGCAGGACCUCCUGGACAUCACCUGCUUGAGGGGUUACAUCAAGGGGUUCGACUUCACUUUCAAGCUCCUUGUUCUCGAUCUCGGGCAGAAUGUGGACCGCCAAAGCGCCAGACUGGGCGUCAUGCCUUGUAUUCUGCCGUCCUGUGAUCCGUUUCUGUCGUUCUACGGCCGUCCUGUCUUGGGUCUAGAGUGCCUUGCCGUACAGGGUAUCCCGAUCGAUCGCAUAUCCAUCUCGGUGGAGAAGGAGGCUCAGCUGAAAGACCUGGCGGGCAAUGCCAUGACAACAACAGUGGCAGGCGCGGCCAUCUUGUGCGCCAUCAUUACCGAGAGAAGAUUUGUCGUCAAGGCACGCAAUCACCUCUACUUGCCUUGCCCGGCUGAUCAAGCGAGCCCUGCGUACCUUCUUCCUGAUUCACCUUCCGAUUUCGAGAUCUACGCCAACGAUUUCGACUACCCCGUCAACCCCGUCAACCCAAGCAUUCAGCCACUUGCUUCUUCCUCCAUCAUUCCUACUGCCGACGCGAAUAACUCACCCACGGCGGACGCGAGCAAGAUGGAGUGGCAGAACGCCCUCUUCGACACCUUGCACAACAAGCUUGCUGUUGGCUUCCUCACCGAGCUCUGCGGCAAGGGCCGUCGAAACUGUCUCUGCGAUGCCUUCCGCAAACAUCAACACACAGGAACAUACUGGCGCUGUGAUGACUGCGAUGAGAUUCGCUGUGAAUCCUGCACGGGAAACCCCGAGCACAACUUUGACAAGCUUCACCCUGUCGACUCUACCCGCUUCAUUGACAAGAAUGUGGCUUAUCAGAUUGCUACCGUCGCAUUCCCAGCUCAUCUUUUUGUCGACAUGACGAAACUCCAGGCAGAUGUCCUCGACGGCCUCGAUGAUGAGCAGUUUCGUCACCACCGCGCCGCUUUGCAACUGGCAAUCGAAAAAUGCUGCGGCUCCAAGCACUACUUUCAGACAAGCCUUAAGUUCAGAGAAGACAUCACUGUGACUUACGAGUCGAUCGACUCCUACAUCACCCUUGUUGUCACCGAGAAGGAUCUCACGUGGAACCUUCAUGUUCGACAGAGUUACUUCGAUCAUACGGAUCCUUCCAUGGAACUGAAUGAGGCGACCAAGAACGCCGCUUAUCAGCUCAACUCACUGCAGUAUGACCUCAGCAAGCCUCUUUUGAAGGCUGUCAUUUCCGACCCCCAAGCCAGCAUUAUCCCCACUGAGGACAACUAG